UUUUAUUCAAAUCAAAUUAGUGUACAAAUUUGUAUACCCGUUAUAAAUAAAUUUAUUUUUUUCUCUCCAAGGCUCAACAAAAUUUUCUUUCAUUUAUACAACCCUUUCUUGGUAAUCAACAACAACAAUCACAAUCCCAACCUUUUUUUCAACAAAAUAAAGACCAACCACCACCCAAUAAUGAUGGAGGAGGGGCAUUUGGAGGUAUUGGACAAUUUGUUGAAAUGUUUGAAAAUGUUCGUUCUGCUUUUAAAAAUAAUGAAAAUAAUCAACAAAAUAAUGAUAAAGGACAGAGAUUGCAACAAUUGGCUAAUUCAGCACAAGUAAAGAUUUUAUAUAGACCUAAAUUUAUUUGUAAGAUGGUACCUGAUAUUUAA